GUGUCUCAAUUUUGAUCAAAGAAACUCUUCAUGUUGCAAUAACUCCAGAUCAAACUGUAGAAACAAUGCUCCACCUGUUGUGUGCUUCCCAUGAGCGCCACGGCGGCAGAGACGGCAUGGAGAACGUCAACAGACUUUAUGUGGGACUUCUAACAGCCCUGGCUCUGUGCAAAUACUCUCAGGCCAGUUGGAACGGCACCAGGGAGCCUGCCAGUCCCACAGAGUCCCUCUGCCAUCACCGUAGCAACGGAAACAACUGUACAGUCACUACAGCCACGACAGAGACGCCGUGGAGCGGCCACUUCUCUGAAUGUCCAAAGGAACUGCAGUAUUACUGCAUUCACGGAGAUUGUCGUUACGUUACAGAACAGAAGACGCCAUCUUGCAGGUGCCAUGAUGGGUACGAUGGGGCCAGAUGUGAAUAUCUCAUCCCCGCAUGGUUGACAGAUAAAAAGCAGAUCAUCACCUACUGCGCCAUUGCAGGACUUGUGGUCCUCAUCCUCUUCAUUGUUUUCAUCUGCAUCCAUGCACAUCGCAGGUCCAGACGUCGUGGGAUGCGAAGGCAGCGAGAAGGAACGAGGAACGGCACAGAAAAGCUUCAUAUGAUGGACACCAAUGCAACACACUCAAUCGCUGAGUCUGCAGAACCGACUCACACCAACUCUGUGUGAAGACUGUUUGUGCGUCUGGAUUGUUCAGACAUGAAGAACGCAGUCCUUCAAGUGAGAGAAGCAGCUGUCUGUCACUCUUUGAUGCAACACUUUCUGCACCAAGCUGGAACAAUGAAGGUGGAUUCUACGCCGUAGCCGGACAGUAGCACUGCACCCUUUAAGUUCAGGAGCUGCAUGGGAUACAAACCAACAGCCGACCUUUGGGUUGGUGUUUGUCGUACAGAGGGCGUGAAGCAUGAGCAGGACUCCACACAGCGCCCUUUUCCUCUCCUUUUUUUUAUUUACACAUUUAUUUCUCAGAUGCAGAGAUACUUUAACCAUCAUGCAGGGACAAUAAAUAUGUUGUUGCUCAUCUGCGUCAGCAAGACAAGCGCCUGAUUGAGGGUUUGUUUGCAGCGAAAAAGGAGAGUUUGCCCUUGAGAACAGGUGGUUUGUAUAUUUGGAGAUGUGCAGCCACAAGUGAAAGAAGCAGCCAUGGCAGCUGCGUUGGACAGCUCGCCUGGAGAAAAAGUCUUCCACUGUACAGACCAAACAUUGAGUGUGAAUCUUAAUAUAGAUGGAUGCGGGUUAAGCCUGAUCUCACCACCCAAAUAAACAGAUUAAAGCCCAAGCAUGUUUCACGUACAUCCUAUAUGUUUAUGGAUCGCUGAGUGCACUGAAUAGAUUCUUGUUGAAACCAAAACUAGUGAGCUUACAAUUUUGUGCAUGGCGUGGUACAGUAUUACGGAUUGAGUGUGUGACAGGCAUCUUCUUCUUCUUCUUUCUCUUUCGGCUUCUCCCUUCAGGUCUGGCAGCAGUGGAUCAUCUUCCUCCAUCUCACCCUGUCCUCUGCUUCCUCUUCUCUCAAACCUACAAACCUCAUGUCCUCCUUCACCACCUCCAUCAAUCUCCUUCCUCUCCACCUUCUGCCUGGCAGUUCCAACCUCAACAUCUUCAUCUACCAAUGUACUGGCUCUCUCUCCUCUGUACAUGUCCAAACCAUCUCCAUCUAACACCUGAGCACAUGUGCUGUCCCUCUGAUCUACUGCUUCCUGAUCCUAUCCAUCCUGCUCACUCCCAGAAAGAACCUCAGCAUCUUAGUGACUGGCAGGAGUCACAGCUGAUAAUCCCAAAUUUCAACCAAUUCAUCCAAAGCUCUAACUCAGAGCCUUGGCCAAGCAAAAAUAUUGAAGUGAAUUUUACCCAGGUUUACUUCCAACAACUUCAAGUCGUCCCCAGAAAUCUGAAUCACUCUCAUCAGGCCAAUUUUGAAUGGUGUGUUGGUUGCAGGUUUGAUUCCCAGCUCGGACCAGUGGCCUUUCUGCAUGGCCAUUGCAUGUUCUCUGCCUGUGCCCGUGGGUUUCUCUGGUUUCCUCCCAAGGCUCAAAGACACGCUGAUCCAGUUUCACCUCAUGUGUCCGGAGAUAGAGGUGGACGAUAUGAUGACAUGAAAUCAUGACAAUUACGUGUUGAGGAUCAACCAAGGUGAGGUGAUGGAUUCACUG